UUCUCUUGACGUUGGUUUCUAGACCUUCAUUUUUUCCCUCUCUCUCUCUUUUCUUCUUCCAAUCCCUCCCGCUCUUUAAUGCGUCACGGCGUCUCUUAUUGAUCGCCCUGCGGCCUGAUGAGGAGAACUUCAGUGUCGCUGCCCACGAAGCAAGUUGCCCACGAUCCCCACGAAAAGACCGAUCGGUACCGCCCAAGCCAACGGAAGCAAGGCCUGUUUGCCAGCAUGAAGGAAACCAUGCUGUCUCAGUCUCAGAAAUCGCGGUGGCUUAAGACCGGCACGCUGGUUCUGAUACUGUUCUGCCUGUUCUACUGGCUGUCACCAACCGGCGUCGAGGUAUACAACAAGAGCCCAUUGGGCAGUGAAGAAGGUUCUGUGAGCAAAGCUCCCGCUGCUGCUCCCGCUGCUGCUCCCGUCGCCAAUGUCCCCGCCUCCAACAAAGAUGCCACCUCCAACAAGGACACCGCCGCUGCUGGCAACGGCGCUCCCAACAGUGGCCAGUCUCCCUCAGACUCUUCUUACGGCACCGACAAGUGCUCCAAAUCGUACUCCAAGGACAAGCCCAUCGUUCAGUAUGUCCUCAUGAUCGAUGCUGGUAGCACUGGCUCGCGAAUCCACGUCUACAAGUUCAACAACUGCGGCCCCAUUCCCGAGCUGGAGAAGGAAGAGUUCAAGAUGACUGAGAAAUCCGUCGGUGGCUUGAGUGCCUUUAAGAACGACCCCGUCGGCGCUGCCAAGAGUCUUGAUGUUCUCAUGGCCGUUGCCAUGGAACACGUCCCGGAUGCGCUGAAGAAGUGCUCUCCCGUUGCUGUCAAGGCUACCGCUGGCUUGCGUUUGAUUGGCAAGGAACUUGCCGAUGCCAUCUUGGUUGAGGUCAGACGACACUUGGAGCAGGACUACCCCUUCCCCGUUGUCUCUGCCGAACAGAACGGUAUUGCCAUCAUGGACGGCUCGGACGAAGGUGUCUAUGCUUGGAUCACUACCAACUACCUGCUUGGCAAGAUUGGCGGCCCUGACAAGAGUGAGACCGCUGCUGUCUUCGAUCUCGGUGGCGGUUCAACCCAGAUUGUCUUUGAGCCUACCUUUAAGGGAGCCCCAGACGGAGGCAUGCCUGAGAAGCUGGCUCCUGGAGACCACAAGUACGAGCUGGACUUUGGCGGCCACAAAUUCGACCUCUACCAGCACUCUCACCUUGGCUAUGGCUUGAUGUCUGCUCGCAAGGCCCUGCACUCCUUCCUGAUUGAUGAUUUGGCCAAGUCCAAGAAAGAUGACGAAACCUGGAAGAACUCGCCGAUUGUGCACCCCUGUAUCGCUCCCGGCACCACCAAGCAAAUCGACGUCGAGGUCAACGGUGGCGAGGCACAAACCUUCAACUUCACUGGCCCAUCUUCACCCGCUCCUGCUCAGUGCCGCAACCUGGCUGAGAAGAUCUUGAAGAAGGAAGCCGACUGCAAGCUUGCUCCCUGCUCCUUCAACGGCGUCCACCAGCCUAUCCUUUCCAAGACUUUUGCCAAGGAGGACGUCUACAUCUUCUCUUACUUCUACGACCGCACCAAGCCCCUCGGCAUGCCCGACUCUUUCACUCUUCGCGAGAUGCACGAUCUUACCGACAAGGUCUGUGCCGGCAAGGACUCCUGGGAUGUCUUUUCCAGCGUCCCCGGUGCCCUGGAGGAGCUUGCGGACCGCCCCGAGCACUGCCUGGAUUUGAACUUUAUGAUGGCGCUGCUGCACACUGGAUACGAGAUGCCCAUUGACCGCGAGGUCAAGAUUGCGAAGAAGAUCAAGGGCAAUGAGCUGGGCUGGUGCCUUGGCGCUAGUCUGCCGCUUUUGGCUCCUGGCUCAGGUUGGGAAUGCAAGGUUAAGGAGGUUUUAUAAUAUGCUUUCAUAUUACUUAUUAGGCGUUUUCUGAAUAAAGGGUUCGCGAUGAGUCGAUUGUCUAGAAUAAUCGCAAAGCACAUUGCUGUAUGACGCCUACGCUGUUGAAAGAAAAUAUAAUGCGGAAUUAGAGGUUGGUAUUAAUAAUAUGGUCUUUGAUGCAACUGGGAUGCGGAACUUCUAUCUAGUUAUAUAUUAUGUAUACAUGGGGAAUCAUGGGCCUGGUUUUUUUGAUUCCGGUAACAGGCUUGAAUGGGCAAGGAUACAGAGUUAAUAUGAUAUUAUUCAAAGAGGCGCAGUUACCAUUUCCAAAACUUCUUCCACCACUUCCUCAGGCCCGACACCUUCUAAUAAAGCUUCCACAGCUUCCAGUUGACUUCCCCACUGCAUACUCCUCUCCUUUUCCGGCUCGAUAAUACGAAUUCGGUGGAGAUAGACUUUCCUCACAGCUAGUCCAAUGAGGGCCGGGGUCACAUAGUCAAGCUUGUGUAAAGGAGCAAGGCUCUUGACGAGCUGGUGGAGAUGCUUGG